UUGAACGUUACUCUUCUUGGUGAUGAAUGGGGUUCAUCUGCUGGUGGGUUGUCAACCAUAAACAGAGAGCUUGCUAUUCACCUUUCACAACAGCCAGGAGUAAAUGUAUCUCUAUUGUGUCCAGAAAAAGCUUGCAGCACUGAAGAAAUAAGAGAAGCAGAUGGCUAUGGAAUCACCAUUGUUCAGGCGAAAGAACGAGCGGCAUAUGAUCGUCUUGAUUGGUUGAGCAUCCCACCCCCGGACCACGUCAUGGACAUCGCUGUUGGCCAUGGUGUUAAACUGGGUCGGCAAGUACAGUUCAUCAGAGAAUCUGCUCGAUUUCCAAAUUGCAAGUGGGUACAAGUGGUGCACACUGCUCCAGAGGACCUUAGCAGAUACAAAUGCUACACUGAUCCCAUUUCAAAAGGUGAAACAAAACACGAAUCAGAAGUUCAACUUUGCAAACUUGCUGAUCUUGUUGUACCCGUGGGGCCCAGACUGAAAGAAGCAUACUCUUCAUAUUUACAGCGAUGUAAAACAGAUCAAGACGUUUUGUCCAUUACUCCAGGUCUUUUUCAAAGGGAGUUUGGGGAUUUAGUAGCAAAACAAGAUCCUAAUGAGGAUGGCGAAUUCAAAGUGUUGUUAUUUGGUCGUGGGGAUGAUGAGGACUUUGAACUCAAAGGAUACAACAUUGCUGCCAAGGCAUUUACUGAUCAACAGCUAAAAAGCAAACGUUAUCAUCUAAUCUUUGUCGGAGCACCUGAAGGAAAGCAAGAAGAAGUGAGAGACAAACUUCUUCAGGGUGGUAUUGCAGAUGCACAGUUGACUGUUAGAAAAUUUAUACAAAGUAGAGACAGACUGAAAGAUUUGUUUUGCGAAGCUGACCUUACCAUCAUGCCUUCAAAAUCAGAGGGAUUUGGUCUUGUUGCACUUGAGGCCCUGUCUGCAGGUUUACCCAUUCUUGUUGGCAGUAGGUCAGGAUUUGCCAAAGCACUAGAAAAUGUUCCGAUUGGUAAUACAUGCAUCGUGAAUUCAGAUGAUCCUGCAAAAUGGGCAGAGGCAAUUGAAGGUGUUUGUGUUAGGCAUCAAGUGCGACUCAAAGAGGUUAAAGCACUAAAAACAUGUUAUGGAGAAAUGUACAGUUGGAAGGAACAAUGCAAAGCCCUUGUGGAGAGAAUGUGGAAAAUGGUCCAUGGUAAGAGUUGUUGCUUUGAAACUCAUGUAUAAAAUAAUAUGAUUUAUACUAUUUUGUACAUGUUAGUUUGACUUUUGCCUGUGUGUUCUGAACAUUAUUGCGAUUGGCCACUUAGGCACAAUCAAUUUCAGAUGUUCAUGGUUUUCUUGUCUCAACACUUAUUAAUAAACCUAGUGUUUUUGUAUUUUGGUAAUUUGGUAUUUUAGAACUUACUGUUGAUGUAACUUAGUAUUUCAUAGGGCCAUAAACUGUAAGUUUAAUAAGUUAUGUAUGUUACGGGUCAAAUUAGUUCCCAGGUUAAAUAUUUUUAACCUAGGUUGAUUCUUGAUUUCCUUUGUCUACUAGGGCUAGAGGACAAAGGAAAUUGAGAAUCAACCCAGGUUAAAUCAAAAUUGACCUGGGAUCAAAUUUGACCUGUAACAUGUACGUGAAUGUUCUAUCAUGAAAAGUAUGGCUGAAGUGUAAUUCAAAUUAGGCAGUCCAAAUGGACAGGGCAAUGAUAUGCAAUCCAAAAGCACUUGCUAUUCCAGAACAUCUGGUGAAUCUUUUGUAGUGAAUAGGAUUCCUUAAAACAACUCUAUUAACUUUCCCUCACAAUGAAAAUAUUUUUAUAACCAACCAACAGGGUCUUCCGAAAAUGACAACAAGCCCAGAAAUGAAGGGCCACUGGUUGAAGAAACUUCCCGUGCUGAAAAGAGAGCUCAUUUUGCAGCAGGAAGUCAGACUAAAAGUAGCUGUAAGCAUAUUCCAGGUAUGGGAAAACAUUAUUUGUUUUCUUUUGCUUCUGGCCUCUGUUAUGAGCAAAGGGUGGGGUAAGAGGCCCACUUAAAAGUGUUCACCGUUUAAUUUGUAGCAGGGAAAAACCAUACUGCAUGCCCACUGAACUGAGCUGAACUGAACAACUUUAUUUAUACGUGUCACAUCUUCUAAACUGGCUACACGUAGCUUCAUAACCGGGGAAACCUGUGCUAACCUGGAUACUGACGCACUGUAAUGUUACGGUAAAUCAUCUUUCUUGGUUUUCACCAAUGUGACCGGCCGCUUGACAACGGUUGCUAUCCGCUAUGUUGGUGUCCCUCAAACGUAAUCAAAACCAGUUCGAAGAGAUGUAGAUAUAGUUGUUUGCAUCGUUGUUGGUUGUUGUAGAAAAAGUGAGAAGAAAAAAACCCAAAGAUUUUUUCGUAUUCCAUCAUUUGUCAAAAACAAGGGCGAGGAAUUCGAAGAAACCACUACAAAGAGGAGAAAUCUCUGGAUUUCGGCAGGAAGUCGAGACGGUGACCAGGAGACAUGGUCAUGGCGGAUAACGGUUAAAUCGUCGCAGAGACAGUUGACACGAAGUCGUUUCGAUACAAUUUCAUUUAGUUGAGUUGUAAAUAGUUUCACAAACAUGGCGUAAAGAAGGAGGAAUAUUCACCCAAAAUGUUUUUCUAAUUCACGCUCAUUCUAUACUUGUCAUACUUGAGAUGACCGAAUUUUUUUGGCAAUUUCAAUGCUUGAGUUUGUAUCAAAACGACCGGUUUCCGCAGAGAGUGUUGGCUUUAAGCAGGCUAAGCUGGUAAUUCCAGCCUUCACAAAAGGGAAGUGACAUUUGCAUCGAGUUGACAAAAAACCAGAGGGAUAGCAAGUGUUCAAAACUAUGGGUUUGCUGUGGCACAGGUAUAUCAUUUUAGAGGGAGUAAUUCCAACAGAUUUUCUUGCUUCAAACCGAAAUGGAUCCCCUGGUACACAGAUCCUGAUGAUUGAUCGUAUUGUGAGGGUAUGCUCUGCAAUUGUCAGUUUAUUCCCACCAAAUAGUUGUACUUUUUCAGUUGCUUUUGACUAGAUCUGUUGUAUUAAGUCUCAGAAAAUAUACAUGCUCCUUCAAAGAGUCAAAGAUGGGUUUUGAUUUUUUUUUACCAUAGAUAUGAGCGCAUAUUUUCUUUGGCCUGAAAUUUUGUCUUUAAAUUGCCAUCCCACCUGUAAUUUCAAAUGACAGCCUUAGUGUUAGGAGAAUGGAUACUUUCUCGGUCUUUCAUUUCCAGUGGCAUGCUUUUGAAGAAAGCAAAGGAGGAUUUUCUAGUCUUGUGCUGAAGGGUUUUCGUUGGGAAACCCUCACUGUCACAAAUUGUUUCUUCCUGAGUCUUGUGAUACAUAAAGGUGAUUCUAUUUCCCCGGGAAAAUACCUAGGAGACAGGAAAAAGUUAUAGUCAUUUAAAAAAGUAGUCUUUGGGAGAGUGCAUGUGCCCAGCUACAGCUAAAUAACUACUCCUCAUAACAGAUAAAUACUCCUCAUAACAGAGACAAAAAUAGAUGCUACCUUUAGCAAUAGUCAUUUUAAUGUGGAAGGAUUUCGUAUGUAUCGUGUCGAUAGAAAUGCUCAAGGUGGUGGGCUGAUGAUCUUCAUAAGGAAUGACAUCUGUCAUUACACGUUUCAAUAACGACAUGUCAAGUUUUCGCACCGAAUCCAUGUUAUUGAAAGUCAAAAUAAAUAAAUCUUCGUUUUCUAUCGUCGGCAUCUACAGACCUCCGAAUAUCCCAAAAGCCAGUGGAAACUUGAACUUAGUGCUAUCUUUGAAGCUGCAACAACGAUUUCAAAUGACAGUAUCUUCUUGGUUGACUUCAACUAUGAUGUGAUGGAACCAAACAGGCCUCCCAUGGAUGGAGGGAAUUUGUGUGAUUUAUCGGACAUUUAUAACCUAACGAACCUAAUCACAUCACCAACUAGAACGACAGAAAUAACAACAACAAUGUCGAUCUCAUUCUUGGCGUGGUUGAUGUCUAAAUCAAUGACCACUCCCUCGUAUACACAAUUUUAAAACUCUCCGCACCCAGAUUUCGAUCUCGAAAAAUUUGCGUGAGACGAUUUAAAGUUUGACAGCGAUGCUUUCCUACAAGAUUUGCAUAAUGCGUCUUUCAAUGUAAUGGAAUUUUUCCAUGAUGUAAACGAUAAAUUAUUUGCAUUUGAAUCGCUGUAUUUAGAUAUUAUGGGCACGCACCUCUAAAGCAAUUCCAUGUGAGAGGCAAUCAAGUUCCGUUUAUGAAGGAACUUUGGCGCAAAGCCAUUCAGCAUAGAAACAAGCUGUGGACAAAGUUCACUCAUGAUCGCACUGAUGCUCAUUAAGCCCUUAACAAAAAAAAGAGGAAUAAAUGUACUUUGCUGAGACGAAAGGCAGCCAAGGCUUAUUUUCUCAAUAAACCAGAAACAGCAAACUCAAAUGAUUUUUCGAAUAUUUAUCGUCCGUUUCUUCACCCAAAGAUAAACUAGAGCUUUUGAAUAAACGGAUUUUGAGAUUUAUAUUUAAUGAUCUAAAUUCUAGUUAUGACGAGUUGCUAAAGAACGCUAAGACAACAUCUUUGUACAGUGGAAGAAAUCACAAAAUGGUUAUUGUAAUGUUUAAGAGCUUAUUUGUCUCUGCGUAUCCUAAUUCUCUUAAGGAACUGUUCUCUCUUCGCGUCUGCAAGUAUUUUUUUUAAGAGGGAAUAAUGUACCAAGCUUACCCGAACCUAGGACAACCACUUAUGGACUCGAGUCCAUCAAGUACGAAGCUGCAAAGCUCUGGAACUCACUUACAGACGACAUGAGACUAACAAUAUCAAUGGAAGACUUUAAAAAGUCAUUAAUCACUGAGUGCAUGGAACUCGCAAAGUGA